AAUCACAUACAACAUUCAAAUUUCAAAAAAGAGGAGAGAGAAACUGAAGCACCGAAAUUAAAUAACAAUGGCGACACCAAGAGUCGAUAUGAAAGGAUUCUACAAGCAGCAGAAGAAGGGUAAAACUGGAAUUAAAAAGACUUCUCCUAAAACUCGAAAGAAAAAAACUUCUCCUUCUCACUCUGCUUCUCUUGGAUCCGACGUCGUUCAACCUCGUGCUCUUGUCUCUCACCAUGGCUCUCUUGAUCUUCAAGAUGAUUAUGAUCAGAACGAGGACGUGUUGAGGCAAUUCGACAUGAACAUGGUGUAUGGACCGUGUAUUGGUAUGAAUAGACUUGAUCGAUGGAAUCGUGCCAAUAAGUUGGGGUUGAACCCUCCCAAGGAGGUUGAAUCUGCUUUAAAAUCGGACAAAGUUCGUCUUGAAUCCUUAUGGGAUGGCCGAGUUUAGACUUGUUAGAUGGCUUUGAAGGUUCAUGCCGUCUUGAACCAGAUAUUCAAGAGUUUAGUUUCAGACGUUAGAUGUUUUUGCUCUCUAGUUGUGCAGUUUUCAUCAGUUGUUUAUCACACUUCUCAGUGAUAAUUAGAUCUUGGUUGUUAGCUUUAAUCUACUUUACUGCUGUAGUUUUCGAUGGUUGUGCUGCUGACUGCUGAGAGACACUAGGAAACCUGUAAAUCACUGAUGCUAUGUUUAUGUAAGUUUAAUUCAAGUGUGGCUGCUAUCUUAAGCUUCA